AUGUCUCCUGAAGCAGAAACCGUCACUUCAGCACAAGAACCUUUCUUAGUCCCACCAGAGCUCGUUCACCUGUCCAUUCCGUUGAAGACGUUCCAAGAACAGCAUCCGGACAUUCAAGGCCUUGUAAUCGGCGCAUUGGUGUACUGUGGAGACCGCCUUCUUCUCCUACAACGCAGCGCGUCUGACUCCUAUCCAAACCGCUGGGAGGUCCCAGGAGGCUCCUGCGAUCUGGAAGACGAGACAGUCCUCCACGCAGUCGCGAGAGAGCUGUUCGAAGAGACAGGCUUGCGCGCCACUCGGAUUGUUCGGCAAGUUGGCGACGGAGUCUCUUUUCAAACUGGCCGGCCGAGUAGUGUCAAGAAUUGGUUGAAACUGUCCUUCGAGGUUGAGGUUGCAAGUGGUGAUCUGAACGGCCAAGCAGAUGCUGAAGGGAAAUUCAGCAACCAAGCCUAUCAGGGUUUUCCGGUGAAGCUGGAUCCCGCAGAGCAUCAACGCUUCAUCUGGGUCAAAGAGGAAGAGCUUCGACAGAAAUCAGCAUCUGGACUGCCACUUUCGUUUAUCUCUGUGGACCAGGUGUCUCUUAUGUUGGUGGCCCUUGGCGCGAGGAAUGGCUACGAUUUGUAG